AUGGAUAUUCCAAACAAUGGUAAUGGUGAUCGAUCACCACUACCAUUGCAACAAAACAAACAACACUCUGUAGAUAUAUUUAAAUUAAAAAAGAAGAAAAAAUCAUCUCCUUGUAAUAAUAAUAAUAAUAAUAAUAAUAAUCUUCACCAAAGUUUUAAUAAUAAUAAUAAUAAUAAGAAAUGUCAAUCGAAUGGAGAAGAAAAGAAAUAUACAUUUUUUCAAAAGGUUGGAUUAUUUUUUCAAGGAGUAUUGAAUGAUUUCCUAAUGCCAAAUCCAAAAUGUUUUAAAAAGACAUCAAUUUAUCGUCGAGCAAGAUUAUUGACCUAUCUAUGUAUCAUUUAUUUUUUAAUAUUUGCCAUUGGAUUGGCAAUGUUUGAUCCACUCUAUCCAAUCUUUAUCUUUUCAGUGGUUGCCAUGUUUGCCAUCUACGUCUUGGCAAUGCGAUCCAUUCGUUUUACAAUGACCUGUCUAUUGUAUACUAUUAUCCAGAUGAUCAUCUAUAUUGCCAUUUGUGUCGUCUAUUUUACUCGACUCAAUGCCCAAAAACAAGAAUCACUCAUCUUUUACCACUAUUUCAAUCUAUUUGAUUUGGUUGGUGUAUUGGUCACUUCUACCAUCCUAUUCCCCUCCUUUUGGUUUUGUGGUUCAAUCCUACUAGUCAUUAAUCUUUUAAAUUGCGCUUUAAAUUUAUUUAUUCAUUAUUAUUUAAUUGUUUCUCAAUCAAUGAUAUUUCAAAAUAUUAUAAUAUCAGUUGCAACAUCAUGUUUAUUAUUAUUUUAUUCUUAUAUUACAUCUGUGGAUUUAAAAGAAAUUGAAGAAAGAGAAGAAAGAAUUAGAAGUUUAUUUAAUCUUAGUUCAGAAGCUUUGGUCAUUCAUAAAAAUGGUAUCAUUGUAGAUGCAAACUCUACCUUUGAAAAUAUGUUUCAAGUUAAAUUGGAUUCUAUUUUACAUCCAGUUGCAGCAGCAAUUGGGGAAUUUUUACCAAAUAUUGAACAAUAUUUAAACAAAUCAAUGAUUGAUAUACAUGAUCAAGCAUCAUUUUCAUUGCUUGAUAAUAAAAAGAUUAUAGAGACUGUGGCCAUAAACUCGUCCGGUGAAGAGUUUUCAGUCGAGGUUCGAUCACAAAAGAAAGAGUUUUUGUCAAAUCCAGUUGACAUUUUAUCGAUCAUUGACACUAGUGCGAGACGGAAAUUAAUGGAAGCAGAUACGGCACUUAGAAAAGCAGAGGCUGUCAAUGAAGCAAAGAUUAAUUUCCUCACCAAUGUUAGUCACGAGGUGAGAACACCGAUCAAUGGUAUAUUGGCAUCGGUCGAUAUUCUGGAAAAGACCAAUUUGGAUAAUACACAAGGUGACUUUUUAGUCUGUGUAAAGGAUUCGGCCAACUAUCUCUUGGAUCUCAUCACUGAUAUAUUGGAUUUCUCAAAGAUUGAAUCUGGAAAGAUGCAACUACAACCGGUUGAAUUCAACAUGAUUACAAUGCUUGAAGAGACAAUGAACAUUGUAUACAGUACAACCAAAGAACGUGGAUUGGAACUCAUUCUGUUUGUUGAUCCUGCCAUUCCCAUCAUUGUAGUGGCCGAUCAUUAUAGAAUCAAACAAAUUCUACUCAACUUUCUUUCAAACGCCAUUAAAUUCACUUCGACUGGACAAGUAGUCAUUCGCGUCAAUUUUGUAUCAUGUACACCGUCCGUAGCCAAUCCAUCAAGCACCGAAUUCAAAAUAUCGUUCGAGGUGGAGGAUUCUGGUAUUGGGUUGAGACAAGAACAAAUUGAAAAGUUGUUUACCGCCUUUUUACAAUUUGAUAACCACGGAUCGAGAAACUUCCAGGGUACCGGUCUCGGUCUGAGCAUCAGCAAGAAACUGUGUAAUAUGAUGGGAGGAGAGAUUACAGUCAAGAGUACGUAUGGCAGUGGAUCGACCUUUGGAUUCUCGUGCAACGUGCUAUCGGCAUCUGAUUCGUGGACCUAUGGAUCAUUGUCGAGUUCAUUGUCUCUGCGAUCGGAUAACCAUGCAAUGAUCCAUACCAACAAUGACAAGUUUAGUUGUUCAAAGAUCAAGGGCUUUGUCGUGUACAAUAACGAUCAGUUGCGCAAGUCGGCCGUCCAACUAUUCACAGCCAUUCGAUUACACUGGAUUUUAAUUAGCGAGAAUACUCCCGACUACCUCGACCCCUUCUUUUCGUCGAUUCUAAAGAUGCCACUCCAUCUCCCAACCGUCGUAGAGUCACUCUACUUUAUUCAAAAGGUGCCUAUUCCUUUGGACCUCUACUUUUUACUCACCAAUUUCAAGGCCUCCAAGAACGACUCGCUUCGAAGCAGCCAUGACAAAGACUCCAAGGCCACAUGCACCAGUCUCUCGUCGUCGUCGACCAACAAUACCUACUCGUCCUCUCUCACAUCCAAUCCAUCGUCUACGUCGUUUGCAAUGGACGACUACAAAACAGCAGAGAGAAGAAGACACCUAACACACCAAAGAAAUUCAAGUUACAGUGACCACGUUGCCAUCACUCGCGGUUUGGUCCAAGUCAAUCGUAGUCCACGUACCAACAGCGAUAAAACCAAUGAACCUCCAGUCACAAUCAUUGAUCUAUCUGGUAAAGAAUCAACAUCGGUUGGUCAUCACCAACUUUUACAUCAUUCGAAUCAAAAUAACAAUAGUAAUAGCAACUAUAGUAGUUCACUUCCUCCCAUUUAUAUUAAACCUGCCGAAAAUCAUCGAAUCAAUUUACAACAACCACCGACUUCUCAUCAUCAUAAUCUUAAUCAUAAUAAUCAUUUAAAUUCAUCCAAUCAAACUACUCCAUUAUCAUUCUCACCACCUCCACCUCCUCCACCAAUAACAGCCGCAACAACAACACAAUCAUCAAAUUUAUCAAAUAAUGUCGGUCAUGGAAAUGAUGAUUUGGAAAUGAAUAAUAAUAAUAGUAGUAGUAGUAGUGGUGGUGGGGAUGGAAAUUCCCAUUCUUCAUCCAAUUCAACUUCACCCAUAACAUCUCCACCUUUUACAUCAUCAUCAUCACCACCAACCAUCAAUGUAUCUACUAGUCAACCAACACAACCACAACAACCAGUCCUAAAGGAACAAAGAUUAUCAUUACAAUCAACACCAAGAAGAAAUAAUAGUAAUUUAAACGAAGAAACGAUUGGUGAUAGUCGAUCCUUGUCAUACAGUUCAUUCACAUCCAACGUUUCCAUUCCAUCGCCAUUGGAAUCAACACCGUCGAUGAAUGGUGUACCCGUAUCACCAUUUAUUCAAUCACAACCGCAAUCUCCUUAUCAACCGCAACACCACCAAAAAUCAUCAUCACAACCAUCUUCACCAAUUGUUAUAAAUAAUGACAACAACUGUAAUAUUCUCCAACUACCAGGUGUCGUUGGACAAAGAUCACCUAUUCUUUCACCACACCUAACAACAUUGUCGCGAAGAGUCAGUAUUCCCCAGUUGGACUUGGACUCUCAAAAACAAGAGUUUCAUCGAAAGUCUCGCUCUACUCUGACCGGUAGUAACUCUACCAUUAACGAAUCACCACGUCUAACAAAACCAUUCAAGAUCCUACUCGUAGAAGAUAAUCUUGUCAAUUGCAAAGUAUUUACAAAGUUUCUUCGAGAUGGUGGACACAGUGUUUCGCAUGCCUGCAACGGUAUCGAAGCCAUCAAUGCCAUCAAAUCUGAUUAUUAUCCAAUUAUUUUAAUGGAUUGUCAAAUGCCAUUAAUGGGAGGUAUCGAAGCAACUCGAGUCAUUCGAAAGUAUGAAAAGGAUAAUUACUCGUCUGACAAGCGUUACAAGAAAUGUUUUAUCAUUGCUCUGACUGCCAAUGAAAUAUCGGAACGUGAAGAAUGUUUCGCUGCCGGUAUGAAUGAUUUCAUUCAAAAACCAGUCCGUGGAUCAUUACUCUUACUUUCUGCUAUUGAAAAAUAUAUUAAAAACUUUAGUGAUGAAGAUUUACAAUAUUUAAGUUCAAUUAAAAAAUAA